AUGUCGGCCAUGGUACACCAAAGAUCUUCGAAGAAAACCAACACGGAAGUCCAGCAUGAACGACCGAGAUGCCCAUGCCUAAGGACGGGUGGUACUCCUCACAGGCUCGACAGGCACUUUGGGCACUCAGCUACUGCUAGGCCACUAGCCGACCCCACAAUCACACAUGUAGCCGCCGUCAACCGCAGCACGUCGGCUGCAUCCAUACAAAACGAGCGCACAGCUGACUUCAUAGGCUGCGUGACUUUCCACAUGUCACAAUUUGGCCAACCGCUGCUGGGCCUGACCGAAGCUAUCUACGAAUAA